AUGGCAACGAUUACAGAUCCAGUACCUACUAGCAAAUCUGAAGAUACAGCUUUACCAGUGAACAACAGCAGUUUUGUCGACAUGUCAAGAUUCAGCUCGUUGGCAAAGUUACUCAGAGUUACCGCUUAUGUACUGCGUUUCAUAGAUAACUGUCAAGGCGGGAGGUCUACUGGAAGUCAAGAAACUUUAACUAGAGAGGAACUUCACAGGGCAGAGGAGGUGUACAUACGAAGCUGCAAAAUGUCUAAAUAUCAAGCAGAAGUGAAAGAUAUACAGACCAAGAGAUACAAACUCCCACUAUCUAGACAACUAAUUAUUUCUCGACAAUGGAAUUCUGAAGUGCCAUGGAUGUAUCCACAAUGCACCACUAGACGAAGUGACCAAGUACCCGUACCCUUACCAGCUAAACAUUCAUUCACCAACUUGGUCAUCAAGGACGCACACUCAAGAUUACUACAUGCCGGCGUUAGUUGA